GACAGAUCCUGUUAGCAUUUGUGAUCAAUCUGUUUUUGUGACAAAUCCUCUUGCUCAGUCACGUGGCCAUGUUUUGAAACACUGAUUUUGGAAGAUCUGUAUUGGGAAGGGGACUGGGUUAUGUCUGAAGAUAUUGAUUGCUCAGUUUUAAAGAUAUGCCCUAAGCCAUGAAGGAAAACACCAUGGACAUCUGACGUAAGAAAUAAAUCAUUCCCGGUACCUUUGAGUUGGGUUUUACAACUCUGUGAGAAAUGGUUGACCUGGGAGCUGCCAGUCCCUUCUGGUGGUUUCUAGCCCGCGAUUUCCCAUCAGCUGUUCUUGUAGAUUUAUGGAAAGCCUUGUUGCUUGCUCCCGUGGCAGAGAAGCAGGAGGGACAGUGGUGCGCUGCUCAGCCGGCUGAGACUUUUGGUGUACUCAGAUUUGUGGCAGCCAAGCGGGCUUGGUGACAAAGGAACACGACUGGAUGGUGAGCUCUCUGGAGAGCUUUCCCUGACUCUCUCCCCCGGCCCCUGGGGCCGAUUCUCCUUCAUUCAUGCCAGUUCGGCUUGUUGUCACCACAGUUGCACUUGCCACCCGUUGACAUCAGAAACAUACCAAGUGGGCACGUGUUUCAAUAGUUGUGAUGCCAUGAGUAUGUCUAGGAAGUGGGUGAAGACUGCAAGCCAACCUCGGGUGGUCAGGGAAGGCUUCACGAGAGAGGUGACGUCUGAGCUGAAGCCGGGCACUGUUAGAUUUGGUGAUGUUGAAGUCUUUGGACACCGGCAGAGCCUGUCGUCCUUCCCACAGGACAGGGGAAAAGGUGCUCCUCGUUGCUCAUGUUAGGGCCCACAGCGGGCACUGGGACUCCCCGGGACCACUGCGAGCAAACCUUCCCCGAGCCCAGGAAUUUGAUGACAGCUCCUGAUUCAGCCUCCCAGUGCUAUCUGGCCUUCGGAGAAUUGGAUACCGAGGGAAAAGGGCCACCCACGUUUACUUACUGUAGAGAGGAGAUGUGCAGUGGACUCAGACCUGAGACCUGGCCCAGGAGACGUUCCAGCCUCCCGGUGUUCAGAACCAUAAAGUUCUGGGUCUGCAUAAUUCCAUGCAUUCUCAGAUCCUUCCCAAACAUUGGGCUUUUCUUGCCUAGGAAAUUUUCAAGAGUAAUUUUUGGGAGCCUGACCCAUGGCUGCCAGGGGAUUCUUGGAAAAAAUAAAAAAAUAAAAUCCAGCACGGAAAUUCACCACUAUCAUUUCAUGAGAGAAAAGAGAUUUUAACAUUUACAGACUAAGAAGGAACAGGUGUUUAGCCUCGCAGUUAGGAUGUCCAUGUCCCAUAUUGUAGUACCUGGGUUCAGUUCCUGAUUGUAACGCUUGAUUUCCAGCUUUUCGCUAAUGCAGACCACGGGAGACAGCAGUGAUGGCUCAAGUAAUUGGGGCUCUGCCACCCCUGUGGGAGACCCGGAUUCAGUUCCUAGCCCAGUUGUGGGCAUUUGGGGACUGACCCAGAACAUGGGAAUGCGUGCUGUCUGUCCCUGUAUCUCAAAUAAAUAAAAUUGUUUGGAUGAAGAAUAACGAGCACUUACGCUUGAGAACAGCGCAUUCCUAUACACUGAUGCUGUUUAGCUUGAUGAGAAACCACCUACGUGGUCUUCACGUUUAUUGUUUUUUCCCAGGCUGGUAAAACAUUGUCACAGUCCAGCCUCAGGCCAAGCACAAGAGUCUUAGACCUAACCGGGAGGAAAGCAGUUCCAACCUGUUUUGCUGAGUCUGGAGGAUUGAACUAGUGAUCUUGCCAGCAUGAAAGCAAGUCUGGGCUGGGGCCCGCGUAGAUUAGCAGGCUUUUGAUGGAGGGGCGCGCGCGUGUGUGUGUGUGUGUGUAUUUGGGUUUGCCAUGCCGGGCAGGGGAGCUGUGGAAUUUGUCUGAGUUGAGCUCACACAUUGAAGUUAUUGAGCGACUUAUACGCAAGGCCGUGACCUGGACUCCCAGCCGAGAGGCCCACGUGGCGGGGCUUGAGCCGGGGGAGCCGAGGACAGCUCACAUCUGCUCAUCUGCUUACGUAACCCCACGUCCCAGCUCCCAGAGCCAGGAAAACACACAAGCCGGCCCAGCAGGGCCGAGGAGUGUGGUAGCACACGCCAUGCGCCGCACAGCAAGGGCAUCUUGGCCUGGCCUGUGGACUGUUAGGAAGUCCUCGGCCCUCUGCCGCCUCUGGCAGCCUCUCCCCAUGGCCCUGGGCACUGGCUCCGAGAGCUGGCGGCAGGCUGCCCGACUGUCAGUGGGGCUGGCUGUUGCUCUCCUGGAGUCCGAGCUCUCUGGGUCUUCUCAGCGCCAGCUGUGGGGCAGAGGACUGUCUGUACCAUGUGGCAGGAAGGUGCUGGGCCCUCGGGGAGGCCUCGGGCUGGCACUGGACCCAGGAAGGCAUUCGGCUCCAGUCGGCCCCAUGCUGAUCGAGUUUAAUAUCCCUGUGGACCUGGAGCUCCUGGCGAAGCAGAACCCAGAGGUGAAGGUGGGCGGGCGCUACACCCCCAAGGACUGUAUCUCUCCCCACAAGGUGGCCAUCAUCAUCCCAUUCCGCAACCGGCAGGAGCACCUCAAGUACUGGCUGUACUACCUGCACCCAAUCCUGCAGCGCCAGCAGCUGGACUACGGCAUCUACGUCAUCAACCAGGCAGGAGACUCCAUGUUCAAUCGCGCCAAGCUCCUCAACAUUGGCUUUCAGGAGGCCUUGAAGGACUAUGACUACAACUGCUUCGUGUUCAGUGACGUGGACCUCAUUCCCAUGGACGACCAUAACGCCUACCGGUGCUUCUCCCAGCCGCGGCACAUUUCUGUUGCGAUGGAUAAGUUUGGGUUUAGCCUACCUUAUGUGCAGUAUUUCGGAGGUGUCUCGGCUCUGAGUAAAGACCAGUUUCUCGCCAUCAACGGAUUUCCUAAUAAUUACUGGGGCUGGGGAGGAGAAGAUGAUGACAUUUUUAACAGGUUAGUUUUCAGAGGCAUGUCCAUAUCUCGCCCAAAUGCUGUAGUUGGGAGGUGUCGCAUGAUCCGCCACUCAAGAGACAAGAAGAAUGAACCCAACCCUCAGAGGUUUGACCGCAUCGCACACACUAAGGAGACGAUGCGCUCCGACGGCUUGAACUCACUCACCUACCAGGUGCUGGACAUACAGAGAAACCCGUUGUACACCAAAAUCACAGUGGACAUCGGGACACCAAGCUAGCGUCGUGGCACACUAAUGAGAGACCUGAAGAUGGCCGGAGACCACUGCUGGGUCUCUGCCAUUCUCUGUUGGGCUGGCCCCUCUUGGUUUGUAGCCGUCUGAGCGACAGGUGCCCUGCGCUCAGCAUCUAGAAGCCUCUCCAGAUGACCAGGACCAGUGGGAAAUGUUCCCCCAGUGUGGCUGGGCAUGUGACUUCUUCGCUCUAUCAGGUGUUUGUCAGUGUAGAAGCUGUCGGCCUUUCUGUUUUGUUUUGGAGGGGUGAGGGAGUUUGACCGACUCAUGGUGUCACCGUAGAGAGGCAGAACCUUGUGCGGCCCCAAAUGCGGGGACCGUGGAGCUCACUCCCAGCCGGAGGACUGCUCGGUUGUUUGGAAAUGGCUGAGAAUUACUGGUGGUGUGCUUCCAACUUCAUCAAGAAUGGCUGACUGCUGCUGAAACUGCAUCGAUGUGCUAUUUUUUGGUUGUCCUUGUGUGUGUGUGGUUGUGGUUGUCACAUUUUUAAUGGAAAAACACAAAAUCUGUAACAUUUUCAUUUGUCCCCUCCCCACCACCGUCCUUCAGUGGUGGGCAGCCAUUACAGUCCCUGUGUGUGGAGUCUCUUCUCAGCAGAAUUCUAAGCCUUGGACAUUUGAUCCUGCUCGAGUGUGAAUUCCAAGGCGACUUUAGCCAUCAGAGCAAAAGCCAUGGCUGUUCUCAGUGGCCUAUCUCCCGAUGGAUUUCUGAAUGUAAAGACUUUUUUUUUAAGUAGCAGUUUGUAGUAUUUUAAAGAAAGAACAAAUCGAGUUCUGCUUGUGAUCUAGUGUGAUUAAGUGUUGAUCCAAAUCUGCCUAGGCUCUUUAGCGUUAAGUCAUGACAAUUUAUUUUUCUGAGCAUGCUAUGUAAACUUGAAUUUCCUAUGUAUUUUUAUUGUGGUGUUUUAAAUGUGGGGACGGGAUUGAACUUUUUUUUUUAGGGGAUUAAAAAAAUAAUUAUGUUGUCAUGGCCACAAAUGGGCCUCUGAUGCAGCUGCAGGCCAGGUUUUUUUGUGCGGAGCAAAGUCACCUUCGGGGCCCUUGACGAGCGCAAAGCCUCCCGGUCAGCACUCUUGUGCCAGACCUGGGGCAGAGAGACCUGGGAGACAGGAGCCUCUGCUUUCCCUGGCACAGCUGCCCACUUCCCCCGCCCUCCCCAGGUGGGCAGGGUGGCGGGAACCUCAGCCGCUUCCGAUUGACCCCUCAGGGCCCUGGCUGUGGGCUGUAACUAACAGCUACCAGGGUGUUUCCCAACCCUCAGCGCCUGGCGCCUCCACCUCCGCUCUGGCUCCGCUCUGGCUCCGGCGGGGGCCUCCCUGGGGCGCCUCCACUCCCACCCUUGCCCCCCCCCCCCCCCCGCAUUCCCAGUCCUCCUCCUGCCUCCCCUUUCUCUCGGGCCCUGCCUCUCUCCUUCCUCCUCCUCCCUUCAUGUUCCUUUGCCUCUCACCCAUGGCACUCAGGGUCAAACAGACUAUUCAUCCUCCAGCACGAAUGUGCCUUUGAAUUACGAUCUGGAAAAAAGUUUAGCUGAACCCACCUCCCCACCCCGUCCUGAGAACUGUAAGGGGGCCUCCCACCUCCUGUCCCCCCUGGGUUUUUCGCAGGUGCUCCCACCUCGCUGUGAGCUAACCCACAGGUGCUUCACGGAAGGCCACUUCUGCUGUGAGAUGGAUAGGACAUAAGAGGCACUUCCUACCACUGAGCACCCAGGCCAAGGUGCCCGGGUACAGCCGCCUGCCUCCAGGGUGGCAGCCUGGACCCCCAGCCACCGCCCUGGGCCCCACUGCCCUCAGUGUGGAGGCUGAGCUGGUGCCCAGCCCCAGUCUUAACCUGUGCCUUUAUUCCUUUGAGCAUCUCAGAUGCGAACUUUUGGUUCUGUUUCCAAAAGCCUUGGUAUUGGUUGAAAAUUAUUUUCCACUGCAGCCGCAGCUGGGCUAUGCAAAGAGUAUUUCUUCUGUCAGUUUCUCGUUCCUUCAUCACCGUGGUAGUAAAACUAGGAAUGAGAGCGAGCUUUGGGAAAUGCAAAGAGUGAAGGCCUCUCUCUCUCUGUCCCCAGACCCUGACUUUGCCAAAGUGCCUUAAAAGAAAGGGUCAGAUGCCCCGAGCGGGAACUUCCUGAUGACUGCCUUGACCUGUAAAUCUCUACCUUUUCCUUUGUGCCUGUUGAUUUUCAAUCAUGUCCAGUAUGUGGUUCGUUUUCAGAACCAAGGAGAGUUCUGCUGCUCCUGCUGCCCUGUGUGCCAGCCUUCCAGUGCUGUCCUGGGUCUCCGCUGGGCACGUUGGCCUUGGCCAGAGGCGCUGCGGGCCAUGUUUGCUCACGGGGGAUUGCAGGGCCGCGGGGUCAGGAAGCGUGACCUUCACCACCACGCUGUCCCUGCUGUGCCUUUCUCUCUUUCUCCCCAUCCCGGUGCAAGGUGGCCUUUGGGCAAGCGCCGAGGGCAGAGGUGGCACAGGAAGGGGAAGAAUAUGCCAUGCUCUCUGGGCCUGGGUCUCCACCGACUUUGGAGUGGGCAGGGGGUGGCCCAGAGGACGGUAUCUGUGUCCUAGAGACCUGUUGUGCUGUGUCAUUUGAUUUCCCACAGAUGCAAUGUGUGUAUUUACCAUUGUAAGCCCAGGGUGGGGUGGCGUGGGGAAGGGGAGGAAGGGGAGUGUCUGACCUUGGUGUUCAAAACAGAAUUGUAUUUUUGCCUUUAAAAUCCAGUAAUAUAACGUGAAUAAAUGACCCUGUCUUUGUAA